UUAGUCUCCCCGACAAAUUAUAAGAAGAAUGCCGUAAAUCGAAACAGGAAAGCAUAGAGGGUGAGGGUCAUAAAAGUUAGGCGUGUCGGCGUCUAUUUUGCGAAUUGUUUGUGGAUUGUUUAAUGUUUUUAGAGUAAUUUUCGAAUCAUCAUCAAGUACUUCAGUAUAAGAUAUAUUUCUCAGGAAUGUGAAAAAUGUUCAAAGUAACGGAGAAGUUGAUAAGAAUGUAUCAGGACGCUUGAUCUGAUACAGUUGACUAAAUUGUACAUAAUAGAAAUCAAUUAUGAAACUUGUAUGAGAACGAUCUCGUUAACUUGACUGUGUACUUAGACAGAGGGUGAUAGAAAGGUUUAGGGAAUGAAUAUAUGGGGUGAUAUAAAGGCGAAGGCCUAUCCCUAUGCUGUGGUAUGGAGACAGAGAGUAUAAAGUCGGGGGCUAGUGAGCAUAGCCAUAGCCACCACAGCCGGAGUUCUUCUAAACAUCAUCGUUCACACACCAACAAAUCUCAACAUCAUCGACAACAUUCCCACCGAAGCUCCAGAAAUAAUAGAAGUCAAAGAAAAGACCGACCUAAUCUGGAUAUAACAGAGAUGGCUCCAUUUCAAACAACAGUGAACGUACGAGGCAACAGUGUGGAUAACGUUGGCCCGGAAGUGAUACAAGUAGAAAUUUUACCUCAGGAUGAAAACUGGGGUGAAAAUACAACAGCUGUUACGGGAAAUACAUCAGAUAGAUCAGAAUCAACAGAGGAUGUUAGUCACUGGCCUAGUGAAACAGACGGAGCUUUUAAUUUCACAUGCAAUCGAUAUCUUGGACCAAUUAUAGCAAUGGCUCUGGGAAUAGGUGCCUUUUUAAGUCCUAUAGCGAUGGUAGUUCUACCCAAAUUAGGAUUUUUUCCCGAUUCUUCAACGGUACUAACAAUGCAACAGAGAUUACAGUUAUUAUCAUGCAAUGCAGAAUGUAAAGGACAAUUGUUAGGACUAGCAUUCAAACUGGUAUUAUUGGCGAUUGGAAGUUGGGCUGUUUUUUUACGCCCACGAGGUGCUACAUUACCUCGAAUAUUUUUCUUUAGAGCUGGAGUACUUGUUUUAACAUUACUUUGCAUCUGUACUUAUUGGCUAUUUUAUGUUGUACAGGUCACUGAAAGUGCAAAAACAGCAGCAAAUGGAGAAAUAACAGAGUACAAAAGUCUUGUAAAUUAUGCUGGCACGUUCGCAGACACGCUUCUUUUUAUCCACUACGUAGCAAUCCUACUCAUUGAAAUUCGUCAUCUACAGCCAAUGUUUUACAUAAAAGUUGUACGAUCACCUGAUGGCGAGUCUCGUUCAUAUGCUAUUGGUCAUUUGUCUAUACAAAGAGCUGCUGUGUGGGUUUUAGAAAAAUAUUAUACAGAAUUUCCUAUUUAUAAUCCAUAUUUAGACCGGUUACCGGUUUCAAAAUCAGGUCGAAAACAAUCAAGUUUUAAAUUUUAUGAUGUGGAUGGUGGAGUAAAUACAAGUAUCACUCAACAACAGAGAUCUGGAGGUGAUCGAGCUAUGCUAGCUGCUCAAGCUCGUCGAAGAGAUUCAAGUCACAAUGAAAGAUUUUAUGAAGAACACGAGUAUGAAAGACGAGUAAGAAAACGAAGAGCUCGAUUAAUUACAGCAGCAGAAGAAGCAUUUGCUCACAUCAAAAGACUUCAUUCUGAAGCAGAAUUGGCACCAAAUCCUGGUCCCAUGGACCCAAUGGAAGCAGCUCAAGCAGUCUUUCCAUCAAUGGCACGGGCCUUACAAAAAUAUUUACGAGUAACCAGGCAGCAACCUCGACAUUCAGUGGAAUCGAUUUUAGGUCGUUUGGCACGAUGUUUAGCUCAAGAUGCAGCACCUAAAGCCUUCUUGGAACCAUUUUUUACUGCUACUCCAGUACUUUCUAACGAAAAAGAGAGGCAAAGAAAUUCGCAUAAUUGGGCUCUCGUUUGUGAAGGUGAAUUACCGUCAAGGCCUUUAUCAUCAGGAUGUGAGUUUCAACUUCGUCAAGGAGAAGUAGCUUUAUUGUGCACGGUUUACAGGCUACCACACUUUAGUCUUACUGAACAAUUAGCACAUCCUAAAUCGAAUAAGUUUCUUUUGAGACUCAACUCUGAAACGUCUGUUUAACAGCUGUUUAAUAGAUAUUAUCUUGAUCAAGUGUUGAGUCAGAUAGAAAAAAAACUUAGAAACAAAAGUCAUAACGAAGAACCCCUGCUGUUAACAGGUUUAGAAUAGUAUUACUAUGCAUUCAACUGCGAAAGAUAUCCAUAAAAUAGGAUAUACUGUCCAUUAAAUUUUUUUUUAAUGUAUAAUUUUAGAGAUUUAACAAUCAACAUUCGAAAAUUUUAUGAGAUUAUGUAUUUUAUAAAUUGAUAAAGAAUUUAUAAGAUAAUUAAUGUCAAUUUUAUGAGUUGCUAUGAAUUGAUAAAAUAUAAAUUUUAUGUAUGUAUUUUUAUACAUAAGAAAAAUAAUGGACAGUUUACUUUUUCAGGUGAAAAAAAAAAGAUUUUAAUAAUAGAUUUGAAAAAUUAUUAAUUCAAGUACUUAAGUGUGCGAGGUCAAAUAAUUGAUAAUAUGAUGUAGUUUAUACAUCAUAUCUAAAUACCGUACUCUGCCUUUUCUAUACGUACAAUCAGAUUACGUAGCUAUAAUUCUGCAUUUGAGAAAAUCAAGGCAUAAAAAAGAUAUUUUUUAAACAACCAUUUAGUCAUAGCUUUCAAAUAAUUUAAUUGACGCUUCAAUCAAUUUGUAGGCCAGGCACAAAGAUAAUAAUAAAAAAUACGAUAGACUGUUUCUAUUGACAUUACUAUAAACAAUAUAUGAAGCAUUUUUCACAAUAAUUGAAUGGUAAUUUUUAAUGAUUUUUCAUUAAAAAUAUUAUCUUGAUGCAUUUGCAAGCACAAAAGAGCGCUUAUAUUUGUAACUUGCCAAAGUGUGAUUUUUGGAAAUAUGAAUGAAUUAUGAGAUUCAGUUGUAUCAAAUAUUUGUCAUAUAUAUUUAAUUGAUCUAUAUCAA